AUGACGGUUCAACUGAGCUUUCUUCUCAUCUUCACUGGACUUACAGGAAUUCACAGCAUAACUACAGUCAGUAAAGUGUCAGUGAGAGCUGAAGGUUCGAUCACCAUCCCGUGUCUCUAUGAAUCACAAUACAUAAACAAUGUGAAAUACUUGUGUAAAGGAUAUCUUUGGAACUUCUGUUCUGAUAAAGUUAACACAAACAAACCAAGCAGUUCAGGAAAGUUUUCGAUCUCUGAUGACAAAAAACAAAGAGUCUUCACUGUGACUAUAAAUGACCUGACUGAAGAGGACACUGGUUAUUACUGGUGUGGUGUGGAGAUUAAUGGAGGAUAUGAUUCGGGAACAGAUUUCCACCUGUCAGUCACAGGAGGCACACCAUAUCUGUAUGUGGAUGAACAGAAGAGGACAGGAUUCAGAGGAGAAGAAAUAACCAUCAAUUAUCACUAUCAUAACGUUGGAGAUAUAAAGUGGUGCAGGCUGGGCAGCUCCUGUGUGACAUGGCCGAAUGGAUCGUUAGAUAACUCAACAGUCACCAUCAAAAUCAUUGAUUACCAAGUUCUCACUGUGACUAUGAGCGGACUGAGGACAGAGAGCAGUGUCUGGUAUUGGUGUGUUAAAGGAGACUUACAGAUGCCGGUGCACAUAACUGUUACUGAGAAACAGCAGCAAAGUGUUUCAGGGAACUUAAAGAACUUCAUCAUCCCUUUGAGUUUGCUGAUCUUCAUUGUUAUGGUGGCCAUAUUUAUUUGGUUCAUUUUCAAAAAGCACAGACAGACCAAAGAAGAAUCCCCAGCCACAAUAAUUCUUGGUCUCGCUGAAGAGGAAGUAACGUACAGCGAUGUUAAACACAUGAGAAGAGCUUCAGAAAAGUGGUCAGAAGCUAAUAGAGAUGUGGACGUGAUGUACUCCUCUGUGGUCGCUGUAGAACGUCAAACUAAACAAAGGAUCCUGUCUCUGCGGCGGAGGAGCGGAGACCUGGGACGGAGCCCCUGCAGCUGCCGAAGGGCGAUUCUGACGCCGUUGCUGUUCGCGCCGCUGUCCGCGCUGCCCCCGUUGAGACUGUUGCGGGGGCUGCGGGUGCUGUCGUUGCUGCCGCUGCUGUCGCUGAGGCCGUUUGUCCCUAAGCCAGCUAGCGUGACGCCUUAUGUCAUCUGCCUGCUCUGCCGCAGAUUUCAUAGUCUCCACCAUGCCUCCACUGAAGACAUCAUUUUUGACCGCUCGGAAAUUUCCACCAUGAAGUUUGACAGCAACGCUAUAUUGUUCGCCGCCGCUGACGCCUGA